UCCGGACGUGUUUUGCGGCUUUUGUCACAAGCCCAUCGUCUGCAGUGUGUUGGGCUGCCACACGCCGCCAGUGAUCCCAAACCAAGACAUGCCUCCGUCGCCGCGGCCACUCGGCGUCGCGCCUGCUCCGGCAUCCUACUCCCUCAACCUCUUCCCCCGCCGACGCUGCCUUCCCGCUCGCCAUGCCGUCUCCAUGGCCGCCUCCCACGCCCACGACGCCCACUUCCUCCGCCGCGCCGCCGACGUGGCUGACCGCUCCGCAGGGCUCGCGUCCCCGCACCCCAACUUCGGGUGCGUCAUCGCCCGGCCCCAGCUCGAGACUGAUGACGUCGAGGCCUGGGUGGUCGGCGAGGGGUACCUCUAUUCACAGGGCACGCCCUGCGCCGAGCUCCUCGCCGCGGAGGAGGCUGGGGAACAUGCCCGCGGCGCCACGGCCUACCUGAACCUCGAGCCGGACGACUGCUACGGGAACAGCACAGCCGUGUCCUCCCUCGUCCAGGCAGGAGUUACAAGAGUUGUGGUGGGUCUUAGACAUCCUUUGAAGCACUUAAGAGGAAAGGCGAUUCAAUUAUUACGACAUCAGGGCAUUCAAGUUGAUGUUGUGGGGGAGGACCUCCAGAGCAAAUUAUUUAAGGAAGCUCUUGGGUCAUGCCUCAUCGUAAAUGCUCCAUUACUCUACCGAGCUGCCUUUCAUGUUCCAUUCUCUGUUCUAAAGUAUGCUAUGACUGCAGAUGGAAAAAUUGCGGCUAGUACUGGGCACGCAUCUUGGGUAAGCGGCAAAGCAUCCAGAGGCCGAGUAUUUGAAUUGCGUGGCAGAAGUGAUGCCAUUAUAGUUGGUGGAAAUACAGUCCGGCUUGACAAUCCUCGAUUAACUGCAAGGCAUGUCAAGGGGGGGCAUGUUCCAGUGCGCAUUGUAAUGUCUCAAUCUUUUAACCUUCCCGAAGAAGCAAAUUUAUGGAAUGUUCAUGAUGCCUACACAAUAGUCGCAACACAAAGAGGUGCUCGGAGAGAUCUCCAAAAGAAGCUUGCUAUGAAAGGUGUUGAAGUAGUGGAGUUUGAAAUGCUAAAUCCUAGAGAUGUUAUGUCAUAUUGCUAUGAUCGUGGUUACCUUUCUGUAUUAUGGGAAUGUGGUGGGACCCUAGCAGCUUCUGCUAUAUCUGCAAGAGUCAUUCAUAAGGUGUAUGCAUUCUUUGCUCCAAAAAUAAUUGGUGGAGUAAAUGCUCCGACACCAGUUGGUGAACUAGGGAUGAAACAAAUGACUCAGGCAAUUGAUUUAAUUGAUGUUUCGUAUGAGCAGGUCGACAGGGACAUGCUCAUGAGUGGAUUCCUCCAACCUAUUCCUGAUCUCUCGCCUGUAAUACCAUCCGUGGAUGAAAUACCUUCAGUGGAUCCAGAAGUAUCUCCAUAUGAAACAAAUAUUAUUUCCUUUUACAAGACUUGGGAUACAUUUGGGGCUUUUGCAAACUUUUCUCCUCAUCCAAUAUCCUUGCCUGAUGAAAAUGGAGAUUGUUUUACAUGGCCAACAGUGGAACACUACUACCAGGCACAUAAGUUUGUCAGUGUUGACAAUCCUCAAGCAAGAGACAUUGUGCAAGAAAUAAAGCAGGCAAGGAGUCCUGAAGAAGCUGCUAGGAUAGGAAGGACCCGGCAAAGAGAAUUACCUGAAUUGGUGCGUUCAGAUUGGGAGUCCACGAAAAUUGAUGUGAUGUACAAAGCUAUUAAAUGCAAGUUUUCGACUCACCCCCACCUGACUGAGAUGCUGCUGUCAACGGCUGGCUCUGUUCUUGUUGAGGCAUCACCCCAUGAUUUAUUUUGGGGUGGUGGGCGUGAGGGUGAAGGUCUGAAUUACUUGGGUAGAUUACUGAUGCAAUUGAGAUCAGAGAUUCUGGGAACGGUUCAAACAACUGGCAAAAUAGAAGAGUCAACUUGACGCCAGGAGAUGCAAGUUUUUGCAGGUUGUUCACAGUUUAUACUUUAUUCUGUUUGGAUGCUCUCUUAUCUCCCAGAUAACCUACCAUUGAGCGUUGACUUUGGUCUCCACGAGAACAGUUUCACAUCCGCACCUCGUUCACCUCUUACAUUACCAUUGACCUAGAAUUGAAAUGGUGUGCAAGGAGCAGGCAAGGUAGUGGACUUCCAACAAGCAUCAGGAUCAAAUUGGACAUGCUGGGUCGUCACUUGAAUUUUCUUGAACACAUAGUAGUCCAUUGUGUAUGUACUUGAGAACCUCACUUUCAGCACGUAAUUGAAGAAUGGAUCCGUUCUCGCUGUCAUUGUUCCCCUAA